AUGGGGCAGACUUGCAGCGUUACCGAGUUUUUCCAGCCUCCCAAGAGGGUGAAGGUGGGAUCGGAGGACCGAGCACAGGUUUUUCAUACUGCUGCCGCUACUGUGGAUGGAGAGGAUGGGUCUGGAUUCUUGUUUCGUCAUCUCAGCGAUGAGGAGCUCGCUCGAUCAGAGUCCAGCUCCGAAGCACCUAUCUUCCUACUCGUUCAAGACAGCUCUUUCAGUGGAAGAAAAUGCCGAAAGAGAACAAGGUCCGAGCAAAGACGAGAAGAUCCGAGUGGAAACUUCAGUGGAGGAGCACACGGAAGUUUCAACGCUAAGCAAAGAGCAAAAGAUGCGAGUGGACAUGAACAAGGCAUGGCGAGAUGGAUGCUGGUAUUGGACCUAGAUCAGACGCUCGUCAGUGUGGCUGAUCACGAUGAAGAAACUUUGCUCCGGUGCGUGACAAAACGACCAGGUUUGGACAGGUUCCUCAAGGAUAUGUCCCAGGUUUACGAGAUUGUAAUCUUCAGUGCUUCGGGUGCGUCAUACGUGAAGAAGAUUGUGAGUAGCUUAGAUCCCACCGGGGAAAUAUUUUCUGCCGUGUUCACCGGGAGCGACACGGAUUGGUUGAGCGGCCAAAGGGUGAAGGAUUUGCGAAAACUAAACAGGGACAAAAUCGUGUGGAUCGAUGACAACGCGAGCUUGUACCCCUACAAUCCCAAAAAUGGCAUCCAAGUCCCACCCUUUCACGGUGAUCCCAAUGAUUCUAUCCUUGGGGCCUUGACUCCCCUUUUACUAGAGGUGGCAUUGGGCCAAAUCAGUGUUGAGAAUGCAAGCGAACUAUUUGUUCGUGCAAGAAAUAAAUAG